AUGGCACUCCCACCGCCGAAACGUGGCUCCCAGCAGCCAGUGAGCCAGGACGAGCAGGAGGUUGUCGCAACAUCGUCCUCGGACAGACCCUCAAAUGAGAGCAGCACCGUGGGCCUGCCCAUAGCCGAAAAGGUGCGGACGGAACCAGACACAGAGGAAUCCAUGGACGUCCGCAUCGAGCGUCUGGGUCGCGAACGGCCCCCAACCUUCAAAACCAUCUGGUCUGAACUCGGCUUCGUCUUUUCGAUCUUGAUGUCCCAAAUCCUGACAGAGUACUUCGUUUCAGGGUUCAACAUCAUCCUGCCCACGCUCAUCGAGGAGCUCGACAUCCCGCAAUCGUCCAGCGUCUGGCCGGCGACGGCAUUCUCACUCGUCAUCGCCGCCACACUGCUGGUCUUUGGCCGAUUAGGCGACAUCUAUGGCGGAUACCCGGUAUACCUGGGUGGCCUCGCCUGGCUCGUGGUCUGGAGUAUCGUGUGCGGAUUCUCCACGAACGCACUGAUGAUGGACCUUUGUCGGGCACUGCAAGGGUUGGGCCCAGCAGCGUUCCUCCCGACGGGUGUCAUGUUGAUGGGCACCGUCUACCGGCCAGGCCCGCGCAAGAACCUCGUCUUUGCCCUGUACGGGACCUUCGCGGUCCUCGGGUUCUACUUUGGCAUCUUCUGCUCCGGGAUCAUAGGCCAGUUCAUCCGCUGGGGCUGGUACUUUUGGGUCGGGGCGCUGCUGGCGCUGGUGGUGUUCGUCACGUCGGCAAUCUUCAUCCCCAACGACGCAAAGGAGCGGCGCAAGAACGGCAUCAUCAUGGACUGGCUUGGGUCCGUGGCUAUUGUCUCGGGAAUCGUGCUGGUCGUGUUUGCGAUUACUGAGUCUGCGCACGCCCCGCACGGCUGGCGCACGCCCUACAUCCCCACGCUCUUCUGCAUCGGGUGCGUCGUGCUCGUCGUCGCGGCCUACAUCGAGGGCUGGGUCGCCGAGAUGCCGCUGCUGCCGGCUGACGUCUUCACAACGCCGUGCAUGACAGAGCUCACCAUCGCCCUGCUCCUGCUGUACGGCAACUGCGGCGUCUACCUGCUCUACGGCACGCAGUACUUUCAGAACAUCAUGGGCGCGACGCCCCUGCAGGUGGUGGCGUGGUUCACACCCACGGCGGUCGGUGGCAUCCUCCUCAACGUUCUCCAGGGCUACUUCCUGCAUCUGGUCCCGGGCAGGGUUUUGCUGAUUGUAUCUGGUGUGUCGGCCGUCGUUGCGCCGCUCCUGCUCGCCCUCGUGCCCGAAGGCGGGAGCUACUGGGCGUGGAUCUUCACGUCCAACAUUCUGAUCACCAUGAGCAUCGACCUCUCGUACACGCUGAUCUGCGUCUUCGUCACCACCCAGCUGCCGUCUGCACGCCAGGGUCUGGCGGGCGGCCUGAUCAACAGCGUGAUGCAACUGGGCAUGGCCGUCGUUCUCGGCUUCAGCGACAUCAUCCAGUCGUACACGGUCGACGGCGCGGGCCUGAGACAGAGCUACAAAAACACCUUUUGGCUUGCCGUCGCCACGGGCGCCGCUAGUCUCGUCAUUAUGACCAUUUGGGGGAGAGUCGGGAAGGCGACGAGCGAUCUGACCGCCGACGAAAAGCUGGAGUUGCAACGGGAAGCCACGAGGUUAUCAUCAUCUGUGGGGGUUGAUGAGAUUUCAAAAUAA